AUGCCGUCCAUGUCGAUCAACAAAGGACGAAUUCAGGUUGCCGGCUUGCUGCACAAGCCUGCAACGUCACCCAACGCUCCUGGCAAUUGUGAUCGUACAUCCUGGAGGUGGCGUCAAAGAGCAGACGGCCGGUCUCCAUCGAAGAAGCUCGCGCAAGAAAGCUUUGUCACCGUCUCCUACGAUGCCUCUCCACCAAGCCGAGAGCAGAGGCGAACCUAA